AUGAAGCAGACGAAGGAGUCCCUCAGAGCCAGACUGGGCCCGGCUCGACCAGCAGAGAGUCUGACCAGGAAAGAAAUCGCUCUGUUCAGAAGCAGUCCGAAGCAGAGCAUCUGUGUGCGGCUGCUGCAGGAAGGCUUCCACAGGUCGUUCUCUGAGCUCGUCUCUCUGCUGCACUCUGAUCAGGACUGGAGGGCGACGGCUGAACCGGGAUCACUCAGGCUUCGUGCUCCUCCUCUGGUGGAACAAAGACACAAAAUGGAGACCAUUAGCCAGCACCUGAGCUUGGCUGAGGAGGCUGAAAGGACCGGUAUCUGGUCCACCGUCUGCGAGGAGCGUCUCCUUUUGGGUCGGUUCUUCUCAGACCCCGAGGACCUCUGGCUCCGCUUCUACUUCUACCACAGCUGUACUGACAGAGAGAAAGGGAGGUUCUCCAGAGCAGCCACCGAGGCCCAGGCCUGCCUGACUGAGCUCUACCUGGAUCGAGGUGAGCUGGAGGAGGCGAGGCAGCAGGGAGAGCUAUGCCGCGAACAGGCGGAGGACGGCGGCUGGCUGGACUCAGACGGUCGGCCCCUGAAGCUCCGGGCCUGCCGGGAUCUGUGGAAGAUCUACAGAGAGCUGGCGGAGGUGCCGCUGGCCGCCGAGGACCACAAGAAGGCCCUGACGCUGCUGCACGAAGGCAACAGCAGGGCCGUGGAGUGUAGGUGGAACCAGGUUUUUACUUUUACGUCUGUUUCAGCUGAAGACAAACACAUGAAGGGGGAGGCGGCUUUCCAAGUAGGCCUGGCCUAUCAAAGAGCAGGAGACCACAGCACAGCCAAAAAGUUCUUUAACACCAGCAUGGAGAUUUUUCACACCCUAGACGACACAGACAGAGUGGUGAAGGCCUACAAAGCUUUGGCAAAGUCUCUAAAGAGCGAGGGAUACAUCGAGGAGGCGGUCGCGUGUCUGGAGAAGUUAGCCGCCAUGUCUCGUAGCAGCGGACUGCAUCACAGACUGAUCGACGUCCAUCUGUGUCUGGGAAACAUCUACUUCAGCAGGAGUCAGUAUGUGAAAGCUGCUGAGUACUACCUGCAGGGCUACAAGGUGGCCUGCACCACAGAAGAUGUGGCUCGGCUGCAGAGAGCGCAGGUCGGUCUUUUCUUUAAGUCUUUAGCCCUCGGCCGUAAAAGGCUGAUGAGGUAUCCUUGUCACACAGUUUGUGAAUGCAAUACCUCGGGAACAAGGAUGACAUGUUACCUCUUUUAUACACUUAAGAUAAAAAUAGAAGUCCUUCUGCUGCCUGUCCUUCAGCCUGUGAACUUUGAGACCUGUGACUCAGGAAGUAGUCAUGAAGUGUUGGUGGCCUCCGCUCACGCCCACGCCACGAUUGGAAAAUACAGCGCCAACCUUACCUCAACCUCGCCCGCCGCUCUGGAGGCGCUGCUCGCCUGGAAGGUGAAACGAGGACGCGAGGACCUCAGUGUGGAUUCCGAGGACUACUACUCUCCUGCCUGGUUUUAA